UGGACUGUUUGAGUUUCGACCGAUAGCGAUGAUUCCAUGAAUCAUCGUGAAUCGGAACGGCAGUUGUUUUAAAAAUGGCGGUGGCUAUUGUUAGUUCGGCUCGACAGGUGGGGAGGCUAACAAACGCAGCCAGGAGGCUUUAUUCUGAUGUAUAUCCUAAAAUAACAACCCAUUAUACAAUACAUCCAAGAGAUAAGGAUCCAAGAUGGAAAGAGGUAAAUAUGGAACGCGUAGCGGAGGAGACGGACAUCCUCAUUAUUGGUGGGGGCCCAGCGGGUAUGGCAGCUGCAAUCCGAGCGAGACAAAUAGCAGCUGAAAAGGGGGCAGAAGUAAGAGUGACUUUACUAGAAAAGGCGGCAGAGACUGGAGGGCAUAUAUUAUCAGGAGCCUGUGUUGAUCCGAUAGCUUUGAAUGAGUUAAUCCCAGAUUGGAAAGAGAGAGGAGCUCCUAUGAAUACUCCAGUUACAUCGGACAAGUUUGGUCUGUUGACGAAGAGUAGCAGAAUACCUAUACCUGUAUUUCCUGGUUUACCGAAUUACAAUCAUGGUAACUACGUUGUGAGACUGGGACAUCUAGUUAAAUGGCUUGGUGAGCAAGCUGAAGAACUCGGUGCUGAGGUGUGGCCGGGUUGCGCAGGAGCCGAGGUGCUGUACCGCGAGGACGGGUCGGUGCGCGGGGUGGCCACGGGUGACGUCGGCAUCGCCAAGGACGGGAGCCCUAAGGACGCCUUCGAACGCGGCAUGGAGUUCCACUCCAAAAUAACCAUCUUCACCGAAGGGUGUCAUGGACAUUUAACGAAAAUGGUCUCGAACAAGUUCAAUCUCAGGGAGAAGAGCGAGCCACAGUCUUAUGGUAUUGGAUUGAAAGAGCUUUGGGAAGUUAAGCCAGAGAACCACAAACCAGGCUUAGUGGAACACACAAUAGGUUGGCCGUUAGAUAAGAACACAUACGGGGGAUCGUUCAUAUACCACUUAAAUGUGGCAGAGGGCGAAUCACCCCUAGUGGCCGUCGGCUUCGUGGUGGGGCUGGACUACACCAACCCUUACAUUAGUCCCUUCAGAGAAUUCCAGAGAUUCAAGUUGCAUCCUUAUGUUAAUCCUAUGUUCGAAGGCGGGUCCCGCAUCGCGUACGGCGCGCGGGCGCUGGUGGAGGGCGGCUGGCAGUGCCUGCCCCGGCCGGUGUUCCCGGGGGGCGUGCUGGCCGGGGACACGGCGGGCUUCCUCAACGUGCCCCGGAUCAAGGGCACGCACAACGCCAUGAAGAGUGGCAUGCUAGCCGCCGAGUCCGCCAUGGAGCUGGUGAUGUCCGGGGACGCGACCCACGAUCGCGGAGUCGUUCCGGAGUCCUACGAAGAGAAACUAAAAAAUUCAUUCGUCUACAAAGAACUCAAGGAGGUUCGCAACUGUCGGCCGUCGUUCCACACGAAGCUGGGCCUGUACGGAGGCGUCGCGUACUCCGCUUUCAGCACGCUCGUGCGCGGGAAGGAACCCUGGACCCUCAGCCACGGAGGUGCAGAUCACUCCCGCCUGCGGCCGGCGCAGGAGUGCCAACCCAUCGAGUACCCCAAGCCGGACGGGGUGGUCACCUUCGAUCUGCUGUCCUCUGUUGCGCUCACAGGCACAAAUCACGAAGCGGACCAGCCUCCGCAUCUGACGCUAAAAGACGAUACGGUGCCGGUUAAGACCAAUCUAGGAGUAUACGAUGGACCCGAGGCCAGGUUUUGUCCUGCAGGUGUAUACGAGUUCGUACCGUUGGAGGAGGGUGAUGGUCAGAGGCUGCAGAUCAAUGCUCAGAACUGCAUCCACUGUAAAACGUGCGACAUUAAAGACCCGUCGCAGAACAUCAACUGGGUUGUGCCCGAGGGCGGCGGCGGACCUGCCUACAACGGAAUGUAAAUUGAUACCAAAUAUUCAUUAAACCCGUAGGAAUCAAGCAAGAACAACACAAUGAUUCUUUUUAGAAAAUAUUCAAUCAAACAGUCAGCAAUUUUGAAAUUUUAAUUUUAAUUAAAUAGUUUACAAUUAAAAAGACACGUGCUCCUCGAAAACUCAUCAAAAAUCUUCAACAGCGAAGAGCAUGACUGCGGUUCGCUGACCAUGCAAACGAUCUGAUUGAAAAAGCCUCAUUUUGAUUUUCAACCUAGCAACUGUCACUGUCAAAUUUGACACUGACAAAUGUACGUCAAAAUGUCACUGCAGUUUGUAUGAGAUAUUUUA